AUGAUGAGCUCUGUGCAAAAAGUAACUUUGCUCAUUCUUGCCGUGUUUCAACCCUCAGUUAUUUUGGCACAACAAGUCGCCCUAGGAGGAUGUACCCAUCUUGGGCAGGCUUAUGCUGACAGGGACGUUUGGAAACCAGAGCCAUGCCAAAUCUGCGUGUGCGACUCGGGAUCUGUUCUCUGCGAUGACAUCAUCUGUGAUGAUCAGGAGCUGGACUGCCCCAACCCAGAGAUCCCUUUUGGAGAGUGCUGCCCAGUUUGCCCACAAACAACAACACCCCCUCCAAGAGUAAUAGUCAGCCGAGGCCCCAAGGGAGACCCUGGCUCUCCUGGAGUUCCAGGCAGAAAUGGUCCCCCUGGCCCACCAGGACAGCCAGGGAGCCCUGGAGCUCCUGGGCCCCCAGGAAUCUGCCAGUCGUGUCCCAGUAUAAGUGGAGGUAGUUUUUCUCCACAGUAUGACUCCUAUGAUGUGAAGGCUGGUGGAGCUGGUAUCGGGUACCCACAACCCAUUAGUGGCUUUCCAGGACCCCCUGGCCCCAGUGGCCCCCCUGGCCCACCUGGACAUGCAGGUCCCCCUGGCUCUGCUGGAUACCAGGGCUCCCCUGGAGAACCAGGACAACCUGGCCCUCCCGGACCUCCAGGCCCUGUUGGAAUGAUAGGCCCAGUUGGUCCACCAGGAAAAGAUGGGGAACCAGGAAGACCAGGCAGGAAUGGAGAUCGUGGAAUCCCUGGAUUACCGGGUCACAAAGGACACCCUGGAAUGCCUGGGAUGCCUGGGAUGAAAGGCCAACGAGGUUUUGAUGGAAAAGAUGGUGCCAAAGGUGACAGUGGCGCUCCUGGUCCAAAGGGUGAAACUGGUCUUCCUGGAGUAAAUGGAGCACCAGGCCAACCGGGACCAAGAGGUCCAGCUGGAGAAAGAGGAAGACCUGGGAAUCCCGGUGGCCCUGGUGCCCAUGGCAAAGACGGAUCUCCAGGAGCUGCAGGCCCACCUGGUCCCCCAGGUCCUCCUGGAACUGCAGGAUUUCCAGGCUCUCCAGGUUUUAAGGGUGAAGCUGGUCCUCCUGGUCCUGCUGGUGUUAGUGGUAGUCCUGGAGAGAGGGGAGAACCUGGUCCUCAGGGAAAUGCUGGGCCACCUGGGCCUCAGGGCCCUCCUGGAAGAGCUGGAAGCCCUGGCAACAAGGGUGAAAUGGGACCUUCUGGUAUUCCUGGUGCUCCUGGUUUGCCAGGAGGCCGUGGUCUUCCAGGUCCUCCAGGUGCAAGUGGAAACCCUGGGGCAAAAGGCAGUCCGGGAGACCCUGGUAAGGAUGGUGCAAAAGGAGAUCCAGGCCCAAAAGGCGAGCGCGGUGAAAACGGCACCCCAGGUGCUCCUGGGCCUCCUGGUGAGGAAGGGAAGAGAGGCGCAAAUGGAGAACCUGGGCAGAACGGAGUACCUGGAACCCCUGGAGAAAGGGGCUCCCCUGGCUUCCGUGGCUUACCCGGUAGCAAUGGACUUCCAGGUGAAAAGGGUCCCGCAGGCGAGCGUGGCAGCCCAGGCCCCCCUGGCCCCAGUGGACCUGCAGGAGAGCGUGGACAAGAUGGAGGCCCAGGUCUUCCUGGAAUGAGAGGCUUGCCCGGAAUUCCAGGAAGCCCUGGAAGCGAUGGGAAGCCUGGCCCUCCCGGCAAUCAGGGUGAAUCUGGACGCUCUGGCCCACCUGGCCCUCCAGGCCCCCGUGGCCAGCCUGGUGUGAUGGGUUUCCCUGGUCCUAAGGGCAAUGAGGGUGCACCAGGCAAGAAUGGAGAAAGAGGCCCUGGUGGACCCCCUGGACCACCUGGUCUUGCUGGGAAGAAUGGUGAUGUUGGCCUUCCAGGUCCUCCAGGACCUACUGGUGCUUCUGGAGAGAGAGGAGAACCAGGACCAGCAGGCCCACCUGGCCUCCAGGGAUUGCCUGGUGGACCAGGACCAGCUGGAGAGAACGGAAAGCCUGGAGAACCAGGGCCAAAGGGUGAUAUUGGAGGACCUGGAUUCCCAGGCCCUAAGGGUGAAAAUGGUAUCCCAGGAGAACGUGGUGCACAAGGUCCUCCAGGACCUCCUGGAACAAGAGGUGGACCAGGUCCUGCUGGCACAGAAGGUGCCAAGGGUCCUCCUGGCCCACCUGGUCCCCCUGGAGGCACAGGACUGCCUGGCUUACAGGGAAUGCCAGGAGAAAGAGGAGCUUCUGGAAGCCCUGGACCAAAAGGGGAGAGGGGAGAACCUGGUGGUAAAGGUGCUGACGGCCUUCCUGGUGCAAGAGGAGAGAGAGGCAAUGUAGGUCCCAUUGGCCCUCCUGGUCCUGCUGGCCCACCUGGAGAUAAGGGAGAGACUGGCCCAGCAGGGGCCCCUGGCCCAAUGGGUUCCCGUGGAGGUCCUGGUGAACGAGGAGAACAAGGUCUUCCUGGGCCUGCUGGCUUUCCUGGAGCCCCAGGCCAAAAUGGAGAGCCUGGUGGCAAAGGAGAAAGAGGUCCCCCUGGUCUGAGAGGAGAGGCCGGACCCCCCGGAGCAGCUGGUCCACAGGGCGGCCCUGGUGCCCCAGGUCCACCUGGUCCCCAAGGAAUAAAAGGAGACCGUGGAUCUCCUGGCGGGCCUGGUGCUGCUGGUUUCCCUGGUGCCCGUGGUCUACCUGGUCCCCCUGGUAACAAUGGUAGCCCAGGUCCCCCUGGUAACGCAGGCCCUGCAGGCAAGGAUGGGCCUCCUGGACCCCCUGGCAGUUCUGGUGCUCCUGGAGGUCCAGGACCUGCUGGAAUCAGAGGUGAGCCCGGCGCACCAGGAGAAAAAGGGCCCCCAGGAGCCCGAGGAGAAAGGGGGGCUCCAGGUGAGCCAGGUCCUCAAGGCAUCGUUGGUGGCCGAGGGAACACGGGUCUGCCGGGCCUGCGUGGCCCCAGCGGCCCACCUGGGAUGGCAGGGGCCAAGGGUGAAGAUGGCAAACCAGGCACCAAUGGUAUCCCAGGAGAACGCGGUGCUCCGGGUCCCCAAGGUCCUAUUGGACAAAGAGGCUUACCUGGAGAGCCUGGCAGAGAUGGUAACCCUGGAUCUGAUGGCUUGCCUGGACGUGAUGGAUCCCCUGGAGGCAAAGGUGACCGUGGUGACAAUGGCUCUCCUGGCCCUCCAGGACCCCCUGGCCAUCCUGGACCUGCAGGUAAUGCUGGUGCACCUGGAAAAUCUGGUGAAAGAGGAUUUCAGGGUCCACCUGGCCCUCCUGGCUCUACUGGUCCUGCUGGUGCUCGUGGUCCUGCUGGUCCUCAAGGUCCUCGUGGUGAUAAAGGUGAACCUGGUGAACGAGGCAGCAAUGGCAUAAAGGGUCACAGAGGGUUUCCUGGUACCCCUGGUCUCCCUGGUCCUCCUGGUCCCCUGGGUCCACAAGGUGCAAUUGGAGGUCCAGGAGCUUCAGGUGCAAGGGGUCCCCCAGGCCCAGCUGGGCCACCUGGAAAAGAUGGAACCAGUGGCUACCCAGGUCCAAUUGGUCCUCCCGGCCCCCGCGGUACCAGAGGCGAAAGCGGCCCUGCCGGUCCACCAGGGCAGCCUGGUCUUCCUGGUCCUGCUGGACCUCCUGGCCCAUGUUGUGGUGGUGGUGCAGCUGCCCUGGGUGCUGGUGAGAAAGGUCCAGUUUCCUAUGGGUAUGAGUACCGAGAUGAGCCCAAGGAGAAUGAUAUCAAUCUGGGUGACAUCAUCUCUUCAAUGAAAUCCAUUAACAACCAGAUUGAAAACAUCAUUAGUCCCGAUGGGUCACGGAAGAAUCCAGCUCGCAACUGCCGAGACCUGAAAUUCUGCCAUCCCGAGCUCAAGAGUGGAGAGUACUGGGUUGAUCCUAACCAAGGCUGCAAGAUGGAUGCUAUUAAAGUCUACUGCAAUAUGGAAACUGGUGAGACCUGCCUCAAUGCUAACCCCAGGACUGUACCAAGGAAAAACUGGUGGACCAGUGGAAACAGUGGAAAGAAACAUGUUUGGUUUGGAGAGUCUAUGAAUGGAGGCUUCCAGUUCAGCUAUGGAGAUCCUGAGCUCCCAGAGGAUGUCUCUGAAGUUCAGCUGGCCUUCCUGCGCAUCCUCUCCAGCCGUGCCUCCCAGAACAUCACCUACCACUGCAAGAACAGCAUUGCCUACAUGGACCACGACAGUGGCAAUGUUAAAAAAGCUCUGAAACUCAUGAGCUCUACAGAAAGUGAGAUCAAGGCUGAAGGAAACAGCAAAUUCACAUAUGCUGUUCUGGAAGAUGGCUGCACUAAACACACUGGUGAGUGGGGUAAAACAGUUUUCGAAUACAGGACGCGCAAGACCAUGAGGUUGCCGGUGGUUGAUAUUGCACCAUUAGAUAUUGGUGGUCCUGAUCAGGAAUUUGGCGUGGACAUUGGCCCAGUCUGCUUCUUAUAA